GCUGUGCAGCCUCGGUUUCGCUCACCAUCAGACAACGGGAGUCACCGGCGCUGAACGCACUCAGUUUCUCACCCGACACAAACGUUGAACCGCCCGGUGAAACGCUGCCUUUAGGAGCGUUGUGUCAGCGCAGCGACAUGGGGGACCGAGUAGCUUUACUGCUGCUAGCUGUAGCGGCGUCGGCUCUGGCUGCCGAGGUGCCUACAGAUGUUUCGAUGGGUCUGUUGGCAGAACCCCAGGUGGCCAUGUUUUGCGGUAAACUCAACAUGCACAUCAACGUGCAGAGCGGCAAGUGGGAGCCGGACCCCUCGGGCACCAAGAGCUGCAUCGGCACCAAGGAGGGCAUCCUGCAGUACUGCCAGGAGGUGUACCCAGAGCUCCAGAUAACCAAUGUGGUGGAGGCCAACCAGCCAGUCAGCAUCCAGAACUGGUGCAAGAAGGGGCGCAAGCAGUGUCGCAGUCACAUGCACAUUGUGGUGCCGUACCGCUGCCUGGUGGGAGAGUUUGUGAGUGACGCCCUGCUCGUUCCUGACAAAUGCAAGUUCCUGCAUCAGGAGCGCAUGGACCAGUGUGAGAGCCACCUGCACUGGCACACUGUUGCCAAGGAGUCUUGUGGAGACCGCACCAUGAAUCUCCACGACUACGGGAUGCUGUUGCCGUGCGGCAUCGACCGUUUCCGAGGGGUGGAGUUUGUGUGCUGUCCCGCGGAGGCGGAGCGUGACGCCGACAGCACCGAGCAGGAUGCUGACGAUUCUGAUGUCUGGUGGGGUGGAGCGGAGACCGACUACUCUGAUAACAGUAUGGUGCGGGAGCCAGAGCCAGCGGAGCAGCAAGAGGAAACCAGGCCAUCUGUGGUAGAGGAGGACGAGGAGGAGGAGGAGGUGGCUGAGGAGGACGAGGAGGAAGAGGAGGAGGAGGAGGAGGACUUGCUAGAUAACGACCAGGACGGAGACGGAGAGGAGGACGAAGAGGUGAUGGAGGAAGAGGAGGAGGAGUUGGGAGAAGACGACAUCGUUGAAACGCUCGACGACAACGAUGACGCCGACGAGCCCACCACCAACGUUGCCAUGACGACCACCACCACCACCACCACUGAGUCUGUGGAAGAGGUUGUCAGGGAGGUGUGCUGGGCCAAUGCCGAGACUGGUCCAUGCCGGGCCUUGCUGCCCCGCUGGUACUUUGACCGACAGGAGGGCCGCUGUGCUCAGUUUAUCUACGGCGGCUGCGGAGGCAACAGGAAUAACUUUGAGUCAGAGGAGUACUGCCUGUCUGUCUGCAGCAGCGUCUUACCCACAGCCACACCCAGCUCCCCUGACGCCGUGGACCACUACCUGGAGACACCUGCCGAUGAAAACGAACACGCCCACUUCCAGAAGGCCAAAGAGAGCUUGGAGGCCAAGCACCGUGAAAGGAUGUCCCAGGUGAUGAGAGAAUGGGAGGAAGCUGAGAGGGAGGCCAAGAAUCUUCCACGCGCCGACAAGAAAGCUGUCAUCCAGCGUUUCCAGGAGAAGGUGGAGGCGCUGGAGCAGGAGGCAGCCAGCGAGCGACAGCAGCUGGUGGAGACCCACAUGGCACGAGUGGAGGCUCUGCUCAACGACCGCCGCCGCCUGGCUCUGGAGAGCUACCUGACCGCCCUGCAGCAAGACCCACCCAGGCCCCGUCAUGUCUUCAGCUUGCUGAAGAAGUACGUGCGUGCUGAGCAGAAGGACAGGCAGCACACCCUCAAACACUUCGAACAUGUCCGCAUGGUGGAUCCCAAGAAAGCUGCGCAGAUCAGACCUCAGGUGCUCACCCACCUGCGUGUCAUUGAGGAGCGUAUGAACCAGUCUCUGGGACUUCUCUACAAGGUGCCUGGUGUGGCUGAUGACAUCCAGGACCAAGUUGAGCUCCUGCAGAGGGAGCAGGCGGAGAUGGCCCAGCAGCUGGCCAACCUGCAGACGGACGUGAGAGUGAGCUACGGCAACGACGCCCUGAUGCCCGAUCAGGAGCUUGGAGACGGCCAGACCGACCUGUUGCCUCAGGAGGACACACUUGGCCUGGGGGGAGUCGGCUUCAUCCACCCUGAGAGCUUCAACCAGCCCAACACUGAGAACCAGGUUGAACCAGUUGACUCUCGCCCCAAUCUUGACAGAGGCAUCCCCACAAGGCCAGUGACAGGAAUGAAGAUGGAAGCUAUUCCUGAACUCCGGAUGGAGACGGAGGACAGACAGAGCACUGAAUAUGAAGUUCACCACCAGAAACUGGUCUUCUUCGCCGAGGAUGUCGGCUCCAACAAGGGCGCCAUCAUUGGCCUGAUGGUUGGAGGCGUCGUCAUAGCAACCGUGAUCGUCAUCACCCUGGUGAUGCUGAGGAAGAAGCAGUACACCUCCAUCCACCACGGAGUCAUCGAGGUGGACGCUGCCGUCACCCCCGAGGAGCGCCACCUGUCCAAGAUGCAGCAGAACGGUUACGAGAACCCAACCUACAAGUUCUUUGAGCAGAUGCAGAACUGAGGGAGAAUGUCAUAUCUACACACAAACACACACGCACACACACACACACACACACACACACACACAACAGACACAUACACACAUAAUCACACAGAAACAUCUCCUCCCACACAUCAAGCACCUCCCCUCCCCUCUCCCCUCCUCCUCCCCCUCCGAGUAGUCCCACGUCUCCAAAAAGGCAGUGUGGCAUAGAUCAUUGCGUGACUGAAAUAGUCAGUUAUGAGCAUACUGUAACAGACUGUAGCCAGGGUUUCUUUCAUUUUGUGCCUGGGCGGACACCGUGGCCAAGCCAGUUUGCACCAAGUUUGUUCACUUUAUUGGAGCAAGACACCUUUUUUUUUAAUUAAAGAAAGGGGUUUUUAUAUGUUGCUCCGUCUGGGCCUGCUGAUGUAUGGGAAAAAAAGCCCCGCCCAGUGCAUGGAAACAAACCCAAAGGGGAAAGAAGCGCGUUCUCUCCACACUGAUUCAGGGCCAGUGUAUAGUUGGGGUUUUUUUGGCUUGGGACGAUUUUAGGUGUGGACUUGUGUAGGCAAAUCUGACCACUGAUCAGUAGGAUUUUAGGCGCUCGGAUGCCUGAGCCUCAUUUACAAAAACCGGUUGCACGCAGAUGAGAUCUUUAUUUGUCAAAAUCAAUCAUUUGAAAGCACAUUUUUCAUCACACGCUCAUUUGUUUUGAUUAUAUUGUUUGUAACGAUCAUAAUAAUUAAAUACAGGCUUAAAUCAAGCAACAUGAUUUUUAGAAAUGAGGCCCAGCGUUUCCCCACCUACUGCACCACUACUGCACUCACUCUACAGUCUACACUGGAGUAUAAGUGAGCCUCCUCUCCCUCCCCCUCCUCCUUCAUCCCUCCCUCCAUCCUCUUUUCUUUGCGCAUUCUUACGACAGCUGGGCUGUGUUAAGUCACACAAGGCUCUUUAAAGACGAUGAUGAUAAUGAAUAUGUUGAUGACAACAGUAGUAAUUAUGUAUUCCGAAUGAGCUGUUUUUAUUUUCGAGUUUUUCUCUAUCGUUUCCAGUUUUGUUUUUCAAAAAAGAAUGAAAACAGAGAAAAAAAAAAAAAAAAAAAAGUCAACCGAUGUAAAGUCCUUUUUUUAAAUUACGUGUAAUGUACUGAAGUAAUGCUGAAGUCUUAGCUGUUCCUAUGUAGUGCAUGACAACAAUGACAACAGGAUUUGGAAAAAAAAAAUAACAAAAAAAACAAGAUCUUUAACGCUGCUCUCUCCCUCGAGAUCCUUUCUCACGUAUAGAUUGUCAUUCUAGCAAGAUUGUACAUUUAGUAUCUUCUCGUGAUCACGUGACAUCAAACAAUGAUGAAAAAUAUAUAUAAAUCUAGAUGAACGGGCUCUGCUUUGAUAUCAUGUAAAAUACACAUUUAAAAGAGAUCUGUGAUUUUGGACUUUAAGUGUGUUCUUCAUUUCUUUUAUUAUUAUUUUUUUUUUAACCAUGCUACGUUCCUGAAGCUACAGGAGGGGGGCUGGCUUCAUCUCUGUUUGUAUAUUAUCAUUCACUGAAAUAUAUUGUGUUGAAAAUCCUUAUGCGUAGGGGCUCUCAGACAUCACCCCAUUUGAUUUUUGCUUUUCUGUUCAACUCAUGUUACCGUGUUUUGUUUUGUUUUUUUCAUAAGGGCAUGUUGUGAGGGUGAAGGUUACAGGGAGCGGGAAGGGGGAAAAAAGGAGGCAUGGGGGAUGGGUUAGAAUUAUCUCUGCGUGUAUGUGUUUCGUCAUUUUCAGUCUGGUGUUUCGUCCAGUUGUAAGCCGACGCCGUCUCUUUUUUUUUUUUUUUUUUUUGGGUAAUCAUUAUUUUGCUUUCUGCUGAUAGAACAGGUGGAGUUCUGAGAGGAGGAGGAGGAGGAGGAGGAGGAGGAGGAAGGAGGGCAAGGUAGAGAGGAAGUGACUUGCAGUUCUGGAUGAAUAGCCAGGCAGGCAGUCUGUAUAUAUAAUGGAUUUUCACUUCCCCCCCAGCACCUCCCCUCACCUCCCUCCUUUCGCCUUCCUUUCCCUUCAGGCAUGCUGCUCACCUCCCUGCCAUCAAUGCACACUUGACUCCUCAGAGGCAGAGCGCUGUAGUCUGUAUAUAGACGAUAGGCGUUCACCAUCUAGAGAGCCGAGAGCGAGUCGGCGGCGGGGAUGUGAAAGCAGGGCUCAUAUAUUAUUCUGAGGUAAAUUCAAGUUAACAGCAUCGUAGGCAAGAGUUCCCCAUUCAACCUUUAUCUUCAUACAGUCCACCAUCUCAACAUUACAUCGAAAAGAAAUACAGUGUGACCUCUCACUCGGUUAAUACAUGUGAAGUAAGACCUAUGAGGAAGCGGUGGGUGAAAUGUACAUUUGGAGGCUGCAGUGGGGUGGGUCCAUUAUUUUCAGAGGGUGCUCACUAGAAGCCCAACAGAGGGCAGUAGAGUAGAGGAGGAAGCAGGAUUUUCUUUCUAUCUUUUUUCUGUGGGUUAUAUAUUGGUUUUGUUUUCCACUGUGUAAUAUUGUGCAGGCCAUUUGCAUUGACUGGGAAAACGCUUUCUACACUGUAUUCCAUAAUAAAGUUUUGAAUGUACAUACAAA